CACCAUAGUGCGGCUCAACAAGAAGUCGUAUGACGCGCGUCAGUUCACCGCGCACGGGUUCGAGCAUCGAGAGUUGUUCUUCGUGGAUGGAUCUGUGCCGUCGGAUCUGAUUGUGAACCGGUUUAUACGGAUCUCUGAGGCUGCUAAGGGCGCAGUGGCGGUUCAUUGUAAAGCCGGUCUCGGCAGGACAGGCACCCUGAUCGCGUGCUACAUGAUGAAGCAUCACGGCUUCACGGCCCGCGAGGCCAUCGCCUGGCUGCGCGUCUGCCGCCCCGGCUCCGUCAUCGGCCACCAGCAGUGGUUCCUGGAGAAGUGAGUAGAGUGACGUCACUCGCAGCCGGCCUGUCGCUGCUACGUCAGCACCACGCUUCACGGCGCGCGAGGCCAUCGCCUGGCUGCGCGUCUGCCGCCCCGGCUCCGUCAUCGGCCACCAGCAGUGGUUCCUGGAGAAGUGAGUAGAGUGACGUCACUCGCAGCCGGCCUGUCGCUGCUACGUCAGCACCACGCUUCACGGCGCGCGAGGCCAUCGCCUGGCUGCGCGUCUGCCGCCCCGGCUCCGUCAUCGGCCACCAGCAGUGGUUCCUGGAGAAGUGAGUAGAGUGACGUCACUCGCAGCCGGCCUGUCGCUGCUACGUCAGCACCACGCUUCACGGCGCGCGAGGCCAUCGCCUGGCUGCGCGUCUGCCGCCCCGGCUCCGUCAUCGGCCACCAGCAGUGGUUCCUGGAGAAUAUCCAGCCGCGAAUGCUCGCCGAGGGUGAGGCGUACAGACGGCGGCACAACAUCACGUCGCUGCCGGUAUUCACCAGAGGCAUCUACUGCGACUUACCACCUGUUCGACCGCCGGCGGACCGGCCUGUUACCCUCCAGGCUAUUCUCAACAAGCCCACUGAUAAGUUGGACAACGCCAAUGUCUUAAACGCCAACGAGACCGACUACGAGAAUAACGUCACAUCCGUCAUCGGCAAGUACAAGACCACGCCCACUCCAAUGCUGCCAACCAAGACCGUGUUCGCGCCCAAGCCUGGCUACAUGACGCCAACUAAUAACGUCCGCAACGCGCAUUCUACCAACCUCAAGCCCCAGCCGCGGAUCAACUCCACGCUGAAAGCCUAUGCUGCCAAGACUUCCACCUUCCCCCCCACCAGAAGUGCCAACUCGCAAGCCAACAAACUCUCCGCGGUCAAACCCUUCACAGGUAAGAGCAGUUUCCACGGGCAACGCGCGAACCUCGCCCGUCCCACUUUAGGCUACACCCACGGCGCUAGCCCCCUCAAAACCCUCACAAGAAAAACAGUCACCAAAAUCACAGCCAGUGACACCUCCGUCGCCAACUCACUAAGCAACGUCACUUCGACGCUCUCCGCUUUAACCGAAAACUGCCACCUCAACGGCAAAAACAGACUACCCUCCGAACCGAAUCUGAAAGCGGUCGCGCAAAACAAAACGGCCCCAAACGCGACCGCCCGCAAAAAACUCAUCGUCCGAUCCAAUUCCAACUCGCGCAAGAAGCUGCCAAAGAGUAAUCUUCCGAAAAGCAACCUCGAGGCCACUCAGGAUCUGUCUUCCAGCGACACUAACGUUACGAAUAUAUCCGCGGACUCGCUCGAAACCCCGUUCAGGUUUAGGCGGAAACGGGACAAGUCCAGUAGCCCGGAACCGAUGGAUUGCUUGUCGAAUUCGGUCAUAACCGCCGACGUGACGCCUGAUAACUUUGAGGAGACGAAUAACUCCCAGGGGAACAAACUCUACAAAAUUAAGGCUCUAAGGAAAAAGUGCCCCGCUUUCGGGGUCAGUUUACUGAAGAAAGACGGUGUGCAGACUCGCUCGAGUAGUUGUACUAGUAACUCGACCGUGAAGAAGAAAUGAUCUCUGUGAAUCGCUUCGCACGUGAUGCGGUCGACCGGAGCGGGCGCGGGUACGGGCAAUUUUGAGGAGUAGUUUUUAUGAAACGAUGCUGGUUUCAUCGUGUUUUACAAGCAUCAGGACAAAAUGUAAUAAGGAAUUUAAUUGGUAUUCGUUUGGAUAAGUUCAAAGCAGCUAACAGU